UGUGUGUGUGUGUGUGUGUGUGUGUGUGUGUGUGCACGCACGUGUGUGUGCGUGUGUGUGUGCACGCACGUGUGUGUGCGUGUGUGUAUGCAUGUUCAUGUGCAUACAUGCAACAGUGUGUUGCUUCGUUACUCUUUGUAGUUGUCUACUGCUGUCAGUUUGAUGAAAACCGUGUUGUGAGUGGCAGUGCUGAUGCUACACUUCGUAUCUGGGACACAACAACGGGCAAGACAAAACACGUGCUCAUCGGUCAUGAAGCAGAGAUCUAUUGCUUGCAAUACAACGAUGUUGUGAUUGCUUCCGGCUCUGCUGAUAGCAGUGUGAGGGUCUGGAACCAUCAAGGUUUGUGUCUGCAUGAGUUAAAAGAACACCUUGGCAUCGUACGUUGCCUCCAUUUGACACGCACACGACUGGUAACUGGAGGUGACGUGAGGAAAAUAAUCAUCUGGGACACAGAGCGUGGAGAGAUGUGCAACAUCAUUCAUCGUAAUCCAACAUCACUGCAUCAGAUGUGGGUAGACGAUACACGACUGAUAACUGCCUCUCCUGAUGCUCCUGGAACCAUCACAAUCAUCAACUUCUGGUGACAGUGUCAACACACCCAGCUCCACGAGAGAGUUGUAAUUGUAGAGGAAAUUCUAUUUUUGCAUGUUGUUGACGAUGUUUGUGUUUAUGGUGUUAGUUUGUUGUUCAAUUCUAAAUGCUGUUAGUAUCGUUGACGGUUCUCUCAUAUUUUUACAUGGCUUUAGUAUUUUUACGUGUUCUUAGUAUGAAACUAUGUUUUUGCUUAU